GCGGCUUAGCGGGAGGGGCAAGUUUCAGGAAGUGAUGUGGUUUUGUUUUCGUUUCGCACCGGGUUAUUGAGGAACUUACUUGAAUCAGUGACUAACUUUACCAUUAGAUAUUACCGCAAUAAAGAAGCAGUUCUUCGACAUGUUACUACACUUAAAGCUCAACUGACAACGAGCGGCUUUGAUUCCCUUCGGAGGUUGGUGAAAAAACAACAAUUUGUGACAGUUGCCAUGGCACCCAGAAAGACAGCGUUACCCAAACCGCUCCCAGAGGGCUUCAUCCUGACUGACACCGAGAAGAAGAAAUGGAGGCUCGGGAAAAUCCUCGGCCAAGGUGGCUUUGGACUCAUCUACCUGGCCUCUCAGGACGUGGACAGACCCGUCGCAGAAGACACAGACUUUGUCAUUAAAGUGGAGUACCAGGAGAACGGCCCCCUGUUCUCGGAGCUCAAGUUCUACCAGAGGGCAGCCAAACCAGAGAGCAUGCAGCAGUGGAAAGAAAGCAGGAAGCUGGACUUCCUGGGGAUCCCGACAUACUGGGGAUCAGGGCUUGCAGAGUGUAACAGCCUCAGGUAUCGCUUCAUGGCCAUGGACCGCCUGGGCAGUGACCUUCAGAAAGUGUGUGAGAAAAACAGUGGUCGUCUGAAGAAGGCUACUGUGCUGCAACUCGGCCAAGGCCUGGUGUCUGUUCUGGAGUAUAUUCAUGAACACGAGUACGUCCAUGCAGACAUUAAAGCUGCCAACCUCAUGCUCGGUUACAGAGACCCUGAACAGGUUUACCUGGCAGACUAUGGGCUGUCCUAUAGAUACUGUCCUGAUGGAGACCACAAAGAAUACAAGGAAAAUCCCAAGAAGGGCCACAAUGGAACAAUCGAGUACACCAGCCUGGAUGCCCACAAAGGCCUUUCUCCUUCGAGACGAGGUGACUUCCAGAUUUUAGGCUUCUGUCUUCUUCACUGGUUGUGUGGAUCUCUGCCAUGGGACAAUGUCCUCAAGAACCCAGCGCAGGUCCAAGAGGCAAAGACCAGGCUGAUGGAUAAUCUGCCAGGCUCAGUCCAGCAGCUGUCAGUGAGCGGAGCCAGCACAGAUGAGGUGGCCGAAUUCCUCUGCUAUGUUCACGCUUUGGGCUACCAAGAGAAGCCAGACUACCAGCAUCUGAAAAUACUGUUGGGCAGAAUUGUCAAAAAGAAGCUUGACUUCUCUGCGCCCAGAGGAUCAGCAAAAGAGUCCACCACCAAGGAACAAGACCCCCCUACAAAAGAGAAGAAAGCAGGACGAGCCAGACGGCCCGCUAAAGCCAAGGCUGCAGCCCCGGAAGAGAAGGAGGAGGAGGAACAAGAGGAGAAGAGGAAGUCUAAACCUGUGCCAGCUCAGUACAUAAGAGGACCUCCGCUCCCCAAACCUCAGGCUCCACAGAAGGAAGAUGGAGCUUCAGCUUCUGUCAGCAGAUCACGGAGAACAAAGAAGGAACCUCCAGUAACACAUGAAGCAUAUUACAUUGAUGAAGAAGAGGAGGAGGAGGAGGAGGAAGAGGAGAGGGGCAGACCCAGACCCAUUCCUGCAUGCUAUGUGAGAGGGCCUCCGAUAGGCCCGAGAGGCCAGCCCAAACAGAACACUAAAUCCAAACGGAGCUGCUGUAAAACAGAAGACCUCACUGUGACCUCAGGGCGACAAGUCCGCCCACUAAGGAGGAACCACACCCCGACUGACUGUGAAGUGAAGGAGACACACAUGGACCCCUGGGACAGGUUUGAUGAGAGGCUGCUGCAACACAGAGAGGACCUCAGGUACCAGCAGUGGUUGGAAAGCGAGCAGAGAGACUGUCACCGAGAACGGGAAGAGUCUGCUCUUCAAGGUCCAAAACAGGAAGCAGGUCCAAAACAGGGGAGGGGGAUGUUUAGCUGGUUAGCCUAUGUGGGCGCUGUCCUCUUCCUGGGCGCUGUUCUUGGAGUUUGCCAAAGUGCAUUUAAUGCCUUUUGAAUAAGGAGGAAGGCAGGGAGGCGUUUCAGGACUUCUGGGCUGACAUCUUCACAGUGAUGGGCUGAAAGAAGAAAGAUCAUCUUUGAAUCUGUUAGCAAGGAGAAAGUCUGAUCUGCUUUUGUUACGUCUAAAGUACUGAGCCCCUAAAAUGACAUACAUGUAGUGUCUUUAUCUCACUUUAAUAGGCUACAGUUUUGUAAAUUCAGCUAACUCAGAAAGCCUGAGUUUGUUGAACUCACAUUGUUGUACAAACCCCUGAAUGGUUAAUAUUAUCUGUAUUAGUUUGUGACUUGUUGUUUAAACAGGUAACCUUGGGUCAAACCAAACACACGACCAAACAGCCUCUGGUCAGUGAGGCUGUUCAACAGCACCUCAUGUGUUCUGUACUGUAAAAUGUUUUAGACUAAGUGAGGUGGUAUUUAAGAAAGCGAAUAAAAGGGGUGUGUCUCUUUUUAAAAUAAAGAUCUUAACUUUGCAAAAAAACUCUGUUUGU